AUGAUCAUCUCAAAUGUGACUUAAAACAUUUCUCGUGUUUCAGAUAAAAUAUUGACAGAAACUAAUUCAAUUAUAUACUCUCUGAAUAAGUUGAAAAGAAGUAGUUUAAAGAAUAGAAAUUACAAACAAAAUAGAGAAGAUUUAAUAAAUACAAAUGAAACCUAAUUGAGAAGAAAAAGUUGUUAUUGUAGUGAAUGUGGUCAACUUAGUUAAUUUUAAUAUAAGCAUUUAAAUAGCAAUGUUUCUAAAAAAAAAUAGAAAACAUUCUCCAAAAAUCCUUUGAUGAGCUAAUCAAUGAAAAUUAUGUAAAAAUGAUAAACAUAAUCACAUUAUAGUCCUGCGUCUAGUAGAUAAUCAAUUCUAAUUUAAAGACAAUAAUUCAGAAUGAAUACUUGCAGGGAGAUCUAAUUAUUUUAAGUUUAUAAUAUAUCUCCAGCAAGACUUACUCCAAUGAAAGAAAAUGCAAUUUAUAUGAAUAAAAAUAAAGAGCUUUAUUAUAAUGAGUUAUUGGAAUAAGUGAAGAGAAAGAAUUAAUUGUAUCUUCAUUAACUUAGUCUACCUUAAACAAAAAAAGAGUAAGAACCAUUAAUGAAUAAGAAAAAUAUUUAAACACCUUUAACAAAUCGAAAAUAGAAACCAGAUAUUAGACCAUAUUUUAGUCAUUUAAAAUUGAAACCAAUAAAUUAAAAAUUUUAAACAUCUCACUUUGAAAUCUGA